UUGUGCCAUUUGCCAACCAAUUCAAACCUCUAGACGUGGCCGCCACUCAACGUUCACAUCUUCUUCUUCUUCUUCUUCUUCUUCUUUCCUUCUCCUUAUUUACAUUCUCAUAUUCCUCAUUUCCUUCUGCAAAUUCAGUGCUAUGGCUAUGGCGUUUCAAAAAUGGCCCCAAAAUCCCAAUUUUCUCUUCAAGAAGCUCUUUCAUCUCUUCACUCUCACUCUCCUCUCACUCUCCCUUCCAAUUUCUUUCCUUCUCUUCUGCCGACUCGUUCAUUCUCACUAUCUUCACGCUUUUCUCCCUCUUUCGAGCCCUCUUCCUUCCAUCCUCUCCGCCGAUCGACUUCUUCUAUUAGCUCUCAUUUCCUUUAUUUCUAUAUCUGCUUUUCUCGAUAACUUGUUCGGUAAAUCGAUUCUUCCCUCGAAAUCUUCUGGUCUGAGUGCGGCUUGGUUCGUUCUAUGUGUGUUACAGAUCGGUAUGGCCUUGGGGAUCGGUCAGGAAUUGACGAUUGUAAUUGAUGAAUCCAGUCUUGGGUUGCGGGGAAGUUUGUGGUGCCGGUUGAUGUUCUUCCUAGGGCUGCAUACGGCGAUGAUUCAUUGGUCGAAUGUGGCGGUGAAGCCGGUGGUUGACGAUACCGUUUUCGGAGCACCGGUGGAGGAGAAUUGGAGUGAAAAAAUCGUCAUGGCGGUGAGCUUUGGGGGAUUAUGGUGGUGGAGAUUGAGAGAUGAAGCUGAAUCUCCGGCGAUGGUUACGGAAAGCAUGAUGGAGCUUCUUAUGGAUCCAACUAUGGCGGAUUUCUGCAGUUUGGCUCUGUAUUACCUUAUCGUAGCGAUCGGUUUCGUUAGGAUUUUGAGAAGCUUUGUUUGGUUUUUGAAGUUUUUGCUUCGUGAAAGGAAGGAGGAAAAUUCUUCCCAAUUCUCCCAAUUCAAAGUGAUCGAAGUCGUCUGAGAUUCAAAGCCUUUCUGUAAUUAUUUUCUGAUGGCUCACAACCAGGUACUUUCUUCCCCUCUAAUGGCGGCGUACACGAGAAACAGGAGACAGAGCAACGAGGGAAAGAAGAUGAUUGUCCAUUUAGAAUGGAUGAGUUUGGAGAUUUCAACUUUCCUUCAGCAAAUCAAUUUGGCUUCUACCAACAAGACAUUUCCAAGAUUGGAGAUCAAACAAACUAUGAACACCCCAACACAGAUUGUCUUAUUUUCGACGAAUUGCUGUUCGGUAACGAUUUUAACAUUUCCGAAUUAAUUCAGGAGAAAUCGAAGAUAUCGGAAAGCCUGGCUGCAGAUUCUAUUAGUUUCAACUCCAAUAAACAAGUUUCGAAUCCAUGUUUAGAUUCUUUGCAGCUGCUAAACAGUUAUGGUACUAAAGUCAAGAGGAUGAAUGGGGAAAAUCUUAACAAAAGAGGCGAUGAAGUCAAUGAAGAGAACAAAACAUUGUCAACUGAAGAGAUAUUAAGGGUAGCUGGAGCAAGAUAUGUUCACUUCUUUCCUGAGGGGCAUGAUGACUUUUACAUGCUGACGCAUCCGUGUGAUUUCGCUCUCUCUGGUUUGUCGAAGGACGAGAGAGAAGAUGUUGAGCUUGCCCAUGUCCUCUUUGCUGCAGCUGAAAAAGUAGGCUACCAGCAAUUCGACCGAGGGAGCCGGCUGCUUCAACGCUGUGAAUGGACUGCAUCUCCCUACGGCAACGCAAUCCAACGGGUCGUUUAUUACUUUGCAAAAGCUCUUAGGAAAAAAAUCGAAAGAGAAACUGGAAGGGAAGCAAUUAAGGAGCAACAAGAAGAGGAAAUCAACCUCGAUACACUUAGAACAUGCAUGAAACUUCCUUUUCAGCAAGUGAUGCAUCUUACUGCUGUUCAAGCAAUAUUUGAACAUGUAAAACUGAUCAACAAAAUCCAUUUGAUAGAUCUUGAAAUCAGAAGUGGAGUUCAUUGGUCAGCUUUUAUGCAAUCACUUGUAGAUUUGAAGGAACUUCCCAUUAAGCUUCUUAAGAUCACUGCUGUUGUAACAGACAAAUAUCAAUUGAUAGAUCAGGUAGGAAAGUGGUUGGAAAAUGUUGCUGAGUCUCUAAACAUACCUUUCUCAUUCAAAGUAAUCUUCGUAUCAGAUAUGAUAGAGAUAAAAGAAGAACUCUUUGAAACAGAAGAUGAUGAAAUGGUGGCAAUCUACUGCCCCUUAGUUUUGAGAAACAUGAUCUCAAGGCCUUCUAGUUUGGAGAAUCUGAUGAAAGUAAUUCGAAAUCUAAACCCAUCGAUAAUGGUAGUUUCCGAAAUUGAGGCAAACUACAACCUACCAUCAUUUGUGAAUCGCUUCAUCGAAGUGUUGUUUUUUACUGCUUCGUUCUUUGACUGCUUGAAAACUUGCAUUGAAGAGGAUGAUGAAGACAGCAGAAGAAAGAUAGAAGGCUUGUGCGGUAAAGGGGUUGAAAACGCCCUUGCAUCGGAAGGGAGCGAUCGGGUUGUGAGGAGUGUGAAGAUAGAGGUGUGGAGGGCAUUCUUUGCAAGGUUUAGAAUGGAAGAAAUGGAAUUCAGUGACUUAUGUUUGAGCCAAGCUAAGUUGGUAUCUAAGGGGUUUGCUUAUGGGAAGUUUUGUAGUUUGGAAAAGAAUGAGAAAUGUUUGAUUGUUGGUUGGAAGGAAACUCCAAUUAUCUCUGUUUCAGCUUGGCAGUUUCUUUGAGUCAUUACACCAACACAUGAAGGAAUGAGACAGAAGACAAUUAAUGAAAAAGGGGGUUUGAUGUUAAUGGCCUCCUCAAGUAUUUGUUCUUCUUAUGGGUAUUGUUAUUACCAUGUAAUUGUGUUUUUGUUGGCUAUUUCUUAUAUUAACUUUAUAACUAUAUCAAAAUAGUUGUUCGUGUA